AUGAUAUCGGCGUUCUUCAUCUUCAACCAGAAAGGCGAAAGAGAACGAGAGAGAGGGGGAGAGAGAGAGAGAGCGUUGGAGAACAGAAAGCUAACGAAAUUCCUCGACAGGACGAACGCCAACGCCGCGCUCAUCUUCGAGUUCUGUUACCGGUUUAUCAAUAUCUGCAAAGCGUACUUUGGAAAGAUUGAUGAAGAGAGUGUUAAGAAUAAUUUUACGCUGGUGUAUGAGAUUAUUGAUGAAAUCUGCGACUUUGGGUUCCCCCAGAACAGCGAGAUCGAUGCUCUGAAAGCGUACCUCACGACGGAGAGUGUGGUAUCACAGGGUGCAACACCCGACGAGUCGUCGAAGAUCACGGUACAAGCUACGGGCGCGAUUAGCUGGAGGAGGCCGGAUGUCAAGUAUAAGAAGAACGAGGCGUUCGUGGAUGUGAUUGAGACUGUGAAUCUUAGUAUGAGUGCGAAAGGCACUAUCCUAAGAGCGGACGUGGACGGCCAUAUUCUGAUGCGCGCUUACCUCUCUGGAACCCCCGAGUGCAAGUUUGGCUUGAAUGACAAGUUGGUGAUUGAUAAAGGCGGAGGAGGUGGAGGUGGUGGAGAUGCGGUUGAGUUGGAUGAUUGUCGGUUCCACCAGUGUGUAAGGUUGAAUGAGUUUGAUGCGUCGCGGACGAUCAGCUUUAUCCCGCCUGAUGGCGAGUUCGAGUUGAUGAAAUCAACUUCGAACGUCAAAUUGCCUAUCAAAGUGAUCCCCACUGUAACGGAACUCGGGACUAUGCAGGUUUCGUACAACGUGGUUGUUAAAGCCAACUUUAACAGCAAGUUGGCGGCGACGAAUGUGGUGUUGAGGAUACCUACCCCGUUGAAUACUGCGAGUGUGGAUUGUAAAGUGGGGACGGGAAAGGCAAAGUAUGUUCCUGCUGAGAACGUGGUUGUGUGGAAGAUUCCGAGGAUGCAAGGAGGACAGGAAUGCGCGUUCAUUGCUACUGCUACGCUCGCUAGUGUCACCAAUCGGCAGGUCUGGGCGCGACCGCCUAUUGAUGUGGAUUUCCAGGUGUUGAUGUUCACGUCGUCGGGGUUGAUUGUGCGUUUCUUGAAGGUGUUUGAGAAGAGUAAUUACCAGAGCGUCAAGUGGGUGCGGUAUCUGACCAAGGCGAGCGGGACGUACCAGAUCCGGAUUAUUCAGAUGGACAGGCGUAAUGAUAAGAUUAUCAUAUGA